GUUCGAAAGGAUGAGUGGUGGAUUAUAUACCGGAACCUGCCCCACGCUCACUAGUCUCUGGAGCCACCCCCGACGACCUGUAACAUCUUAUUCCUUUCUCAAAUCCAUCUACUUCACCCGUUUCUACUAGUUCACCCGUUUCCCACUAGGACCGCCAUGGCCAACCUCGCCGCUGUCAUCACAGCCGCCAAGACACCCAUCAAGGUCCAAGAAGUCGAGAUUGGCAAGCCGGGCCCACAUGAACUUCUCGUCAAGAACGAAGUAAUUGCGUUCAAUCCGGUGGAGUUUAAAAUUGCCAGGCUCGCUAUUUUCCCAAUCCAAUACCCUGCUAUCCUGGGCUCCUCCUUCGGCGGAACGGUCGAGGCUGUUGGAUCCCAAGUUUCAAGCUUUAGGGUUGGGGACAAAGUCGCGGCGUCGAAGAACUUUAGCGCCGUCGGUACUCAAUAUGGUGCAUAUCAGAGAUACACAGUAGUUGGGGAGGACACUACGAGCAAAGUACCGGAGGGUAUCGACGUUGCGAUUCCAACUAGCUUGCUUGGAAAUUUGCCUACGAUUGUCGCUCUAUUCACCGGACGCGCUGGAUUGGAUAAGCCCAGUUUCGAUGGACCCGUCUCCGCGAAGGACAAGAAGGUUUUGGUCUACGGUGGCUCGUCUAGCUUUGGGAGUCUUUCAGUGCAAUACGUCAAGCAAGCAGGGUAUACUGUCGUUACUACGUCCUCGCCGCCCCACUGGGACUUUGUCUCAAAGCUGGGUGCAGUAGCCGUCGUCGAUCACAAGCAAGAGCAUGGCGCUCUUGUUAAGGCCCUGGUGGCUGAAGGACCUUAUGAUCUUAUUGUUGACUCCAUCUCAUUUCCAAACACAGUUGCGGUCACUGCAGAAGUUGUUGCUGCACAAGGCGGAGGAAAGCUUUACACCCUCCAACCUGCUUUUGGUCCAGAGACCCUGCCAGAGGGCGUAACCCGCGUAUUUGAAUCGUGGUCAAGCACUAUGGAUAAUGAUCUGCGAUCCUGGGCGUUUACUACGUAUCUUCCACAAGGUCUUUCUGGUGGGAAAAUCAUCCCUCUCCCUAUUGAGAAGAUCGAAGGUGGUCUAGAUGGUGUUAGCGAUGCCCUUGACAGGUUGCAGAAGGGUGUGAGCGGUGUGAAGCUGAUUGUUGAUCCCUGGGAAUAAAUCCAACGGAGUGUAAUGAAUACAGAAGUUUAAAGAUUCGAAUCUGCUUUGUGCCUUCGCAGCCUGAGGAUCCGGAUCAAGCGGAGACAUCCAGCUGCACCUAAGUGCCUCCAUGUGAAGCUCCGUUUACCUGAGCCAUAUCGAGCUAUAUCAGACUUGGUGUCUGCAGAGUGAAAUAAUCAGCCUAUCCAGCAUCUCGAUUUCCAUCCUCGGAAGGCUUCAAACCCUGCCGUUCCUUCCAGGCUGUAGGACACCACAGUGGAGUGUCGGAUCACCUACAAAGGGCGGAUGCAGCUUGGUGACAGCAUUAAUAGGAAAUGGCGUUCUAUCAGGGGUUACGAACGAUUCUUGAGGGAAAAUUGACAAUGAUCAUGUUAACGUGGUCGAGGUUAUGGAGGUCGUGGAGUUCA